ACGUUCCACCCCAGAGUCUGGGCCUCUGGGAGGCAGGGACAGCAGGCCAGGCCAGCCUAGAGGACUAUCCGUCCACAGUGUAAAUGAGGACACUGCUGGCCCAUGUCUUGCAGGGAUGUAGAGGGCAGCCUCAGAGGCACUGGGUGCUCCUGGCACCAUGGAUGAUGCUGCCAUCCUCAAGCGACGAGGCUAUAUCAUGGGGAUAAAUUUGGGAGAGGGCUCAUACGCAAAAGUCAAAUCUGCUUACUCUGAGCGCCUAAAGUUCAACGUGGCGGUCAAGAUCAUCGACCGCAAGAAAGCCCCCGCAGACUUCUUGGAGAAAUUCCUUCCCCGGGAAAUUGAGAUUCUAACCAUGCUAAACCACCGCUCCAUCGUCAAGACCUAUGAGAUCUUUGAGACAUCAGACGGCAAGGUCUAUAUUGUCAUGGAGCUUGGGGUCCAGGGCGACCUCCUUGAAUUCAUCAAAACCCGGGGAGCCCUGCACGAAGAGGAUGCUCGCAAGAAGUUCCACCAGCUCUCCUCCGCCAUCAAGUACUGCCACGACCUGGACAUUGUCCACCGAGACCUCAAGUGCGAGAACCUUCUCCUGGACAAGGACUUCAACAUCAAGCUGUCCGACUUUGGCUUCUCCAAGCGCUGCCUGCGGGAUGACAGUGGCCGACUGACACUGAGCAAGACCUUCUGUGGGUCGGCGGCGUACGCGGCCCCCGAGGUCCUGCAGGGCAUCCCCUACCAGCCCAAGGUCUACGACAUCUGGAGCCUGGGCGUGAUCCUCUACAUCAUGGUCUGCGGCUCCAUGCCCUACGACGACUCCAAUAUCAAGAAGAUGCUGCGCAUCCAGAAGGAGCACCGCAUUAACUUCCCGCGCUUCAAGAACCUGACCAGUGAGUGCAAGGACCUCAUCUACCGCAUCCUGCAGCCGGACGUCAACCGGCGGCUGCACAUCGACGAGAUCCUCAGCCAUGGCUGGGUGCAGCCCAAGGCCCGGGGCCUGUUCUCUGCAGCCACCGACAAGGAGGGGGAGACCUCAGGGGCCCAUGAGCCCUCAGGGGCCCAGGAACCCCCCUGGACCCCUGAGCCUGGCUCUGACAAGAAGUCUGUCACCAAGCUGGAGCCCCAGGAGGCACAGCCUGAGGUGAACCCAGAGUCACACCCCAAGGAGGAGAUUCUGCAAGAGGUGUCGAGGCCGCUGGAUACCAGAAGCGCAGCGCCUGCAGAGGGGCAGCCAAGCAGGGACAGAGCGGAAGAGGGCUCCCCGAAGCCUCCAGACACACACACCUAGUGGGCCUCUCCCAUGGCCCAGGGGCUGGCAGGGAACGAGGCAGAGCUCAGAGCUUCGCGCCCGAGCUCCAAAAAAGCCAAGGGACAAGCCAUUGAAGGAAGACAACCCGGGAUGAGCCAUUAUUUUCGUCAGUUUCUUUUCCCUCCCUUUGAACUUGGUAAA